CCGGAGGCUGCCGCAGACUGGGCAUACUGGCUGAGGGGCCUCUUGUAUCCAGCUACUGAUGUUGGUCUUCGCUUCACACGACAGUGGCUGCUGCUGGGUAGUGAUGUCUCCUCGGCCACUAUGGACGUUCUUCACGUCCGUUGGCAUGAGAGGUCUACACACUGCCAUAAGUCGCAAGACGUCAUGCUGUUGUCUGCGUUUGUGUACGCCAUACACAGGACUUGUGAGGUACACCACCCACUUGAACUUGGAGAGGGAACCACAGCGUGGGAAAGCUGCACUUCACACUACUGACAAGGGGCAACAGCCGUACAUAUGUUUGCAAAACGUUAGUUACAAAACUCCAAUGCUAACGCUGUUUGAAGAGCGCUGGAAAACGCAAGUGCGAUUCAGAUCCACCAGUACCACCAAGCCUGUGCUGAAACAGGGUGGCCUCCCCGGGAAAAGAGCUCUGAAAGGCCCUAGAACGAAACAGCCGUCAAGGUCCAAUCAGCCACAGCCAGAAGAGGAUCCGGAUGUAAUGCAAUGCAUUGCCUUUGCGACAGCAGACCAGUACCAUUUGCCUACCUUGUGCCACGACCUCAUAGCUAAUGGCUUCUAUGAAAUCACAGAUCUGCCAAGAGAUGCUUCCAAUGUGUUGGUGAUUGGAACAGACAACGUAUCCAAACCAAACGACAACGGCAUGGUGUUCUUGUUCCGGGAAGGAUCUGUGGUUUUCUGGAAUGUCGAGGAGAAAACUCUUAAGACAGUGAUGAGGAUUCUUGAACAUCAUGAAAUUCAGCCAUACGAGAUCGCCUUGGUCCACUGGGAAAAUGAAGAAAUUAACUACUCUAUUGGAGUAGGAAACUCUAAGCUUCAUCGUGGGAGCUUCCUUCUCAAUAGUGAACUGGACUAUGAGCAGAUGAUACUGGAGAAAUUUGCCUUUUCAAAUGCACUAUCUCUAUCUGUGAAGUUGGCCAUAUGGGAGAUCUCCCUGGACAAUUUUGUCGAGUCGAUUCAGUCAAUCCCAGAGAUGCUGAAAUCAGGCCAGAGGGUAAAACUUUCAAGGUCUGAAGUUCUGCAGAAAAUUGGAGAACUUUUUUCACUAAGGCACUGUAUAAACCUAAGCUCUGACCUGCUGAUGACACCAGACUUCUACUGGGACAGAGAGAACCUGGAGCAGCUAUAUGACAAAACCUGCCAGUUCCUCAGUAUCAAUCGCAGAGUUAAGGUUGUGAAUGAGAAAUUGCAGCACUGUACAGAGCUGACGGACCUCAUGAGGAACCACUUAAGUGAGAAACACAGUCUGAGACUGGAAUGGAUGAUAGUUAUCCUCAUUACAAUUGAGGUGAUGUUCGAGCUCGCCAGGGUGAUCUUCUGAAGGCUAUUUAAGGUGUACUGGGCACAAGAUUUAUUUUUGUCAUUUGCACAAUUUCGGGAGUACAAUAAAUGCAUUGUAUAAUAAAUGUUU